CGCCCGCCGGAGCCGGAGUUACAAGAGCCGCCUCCGCGCACGGGGGACCGGCCACUUGGAGCUGCUCUGCCGCGGGGACUGCACCGCCCGCCCUGCCAGACCCGCCCGGACCGGGGCUCGUCACUGCCAGCAGCCGCAGCACCGCAGCCUCAGGCCCCGCGCCGGCUAUGGCUGUGCCCUGGGGCUGAGCUCGCAGGUUGUGAAGAUUCCCGACGAGAGAGACUAAGGGGAAGAGAGGAAAGCGGGGUGGGCUCCUGGCAAGGCAUUCGAUCCUGAGUGGAAUCCUGCAAAGAUGGAGAAGGAGGAGGAGACAACCCGGGAGCUGCUGCUGCCCAACUGGCAGGGUAGCGGCUCCCACGGGCUGACCAUUGCCCAGAGGGACGACGGCGUCUUUGUGCAGGAGGUGAUGCAGAACUCCCCUGCGGCCCGCACUGGGGUAGUCAAGGAGGGGGACCAGAUUGUGGGUGCCACCAUCUACUUUGACAACCUGCAGUCGGAUGAGGUGACCCAGCUGCUGAACACCAUGGGGCACCACACAGUGGGCCUGAAGCUGCACCGCAAGGGCGACCGGUCCCCCGAGCCAGGCCAGACUUGGACCCAUGAAGUCUUCAGCUCCCGCAGCUCUGAAGUGGUUCUGAGCGGGGAUGAUGAGGAGUACCAGCGCAUCUACACCACGAAGAUCAAGCCACGGCUGAAGUCAGAAGAUGGAGUGGAAGGAGACCUUGGGGAGACCCAGAGCCGCACCAUCACAGUGACCAGAAGAGUCACGGCCUACACUGUGGAUGUGACCGGCCGGGAAGGAGCCAAGGACAUAGACAUCAGUAGCCCUGAAUUCAAGAUCAAGAUUCCAAGGCAUGAACUGACUGAAAUCUCCAAUGUGGAUGUGGAGACCCAGUCCGGGAAGACUGUGAUCAGACUGCCCUCGGGCUCCGGGGCGGCCUCUGCAACCACAGGCUCUGCUGUGGAUAUCCGAGCAGGGGCUAUUUCUGCUUCAGGACCAGAGCUCCAAGGUGCUGGCCACUCGAAGCUCCAGGUCACCAUGCCUGGGAUAAAGGUGGGAGGCUCGGGUGUCAAUGUCAGUGCCAAGGGCUUGGACUUGGGUGGCGGAGGAGGGGUCCAGGUUCCAGCAGUGGACAUUUCAUCUUCUCUUGGGGGUGGGGCCGUAGAGGUGCAGGGCCCGUCGCUGGAGAGUGGUGAUCAUGGGAAAAUUAAAAUUCCCACCAUGAAGAUGCCGAAAUUUGGUGUCUCGACAGGGCCUGAGGGCCAGACACCAGAGGCAGGGCUGAGGGUUUCUGCACCUGAAGUCUCUGUGGGGCACAAGGGUGGCAAGCCAGGCUUGACCGUCCAAGCCCCUCAGCUGGAAGUCAGUGCACCCUCUGCCAAUAUUGAAGGGCUUGAGGGGAAGCUGAAGGGCCCCCAAAUCACUGGGCCAUCACUUGAGGGUGACCUGGGCCUCAAAGGUGCCAAGCCACAGGGGAGCAUUGGGGUGCACGCCUCUGUUCCCCAAAUUGGGGGUAGCAUCACUGGCCCCAAUGUGGAAGUUCAGGUCCCUGACGUUGAUAUUCAUGGGACUGGGAGCAAACUGAAUCUGCCCAAGAUGAAAGUCCCCAAGUUCUCUGUAUCAGGUACAAAGGGAGAGGAAAUUGGGAUUGAUGUGACCCUGCCUACAGGUAAAGUGGCUGUUCCUGGGGUCUCUGGGGAUAUCAGCCUGCCUGAGAUUGCUACUGGUGGGCUGGAAGGAAAGGUGAAAGGUGUGAAAGUCAAGACUCCUGAAAUGAUUGUUCAGAAACCUAAAAUCUCCAUGCAGGAUGUGGAUCUGAGCCUUGGGUCUUCUAAACUGAAAGGAGAUAUUAAGGUUUCCGCUCCUGGGGUGCACGGUGAUGUGAAAGGCCCUCAAGUGGCAGUUAAAGGCUCCAGAGUGGACUUUGAGACACCAAACCUAGAGGGAACCUUGACUGGCCCCAGGCUUGGCAGUCAUUCCGGGAAAACUGGAACCUGUAGUAUCUCUAUGGCAGAAGUAGACUUAAAUGUGGCUGCACCUAAAGUGAAAGGGGGUGUAGACAUCACACUCCCCAAAGUAGAAGGGAAAGUCCAAGUCCCUGAAGGUGAUGUCAAAGGCCCCAAAGUGGACGUCAGUGCCCCAGAUGUGGAAGUACAUGGCCCAGAAUGGAACCUGAAAAUGCCCAAGAUGAAAAUGCCCACAUUUGGCACUCUAGGAGCCAAAGGGGAAGGUCCAGAUGUGCAUGUGACUCUACCCAAAGGGGAUGUCAGUAUUUCAGGGCCCAAGGUCAAUGUGGAAGCCCCAGAUGUCAACAUGGAGGGUCUGGGGGGAAAACUGAAAGGCUCUGAUGUUAAGCUGCCUGAUGUGAGUGUGAAGACACCAAAGAUCUCCAUGCCUGAUGUAGAUUUGCACGUGAAAGGUCCAAAGGUGAAGGGAGAGUAUGAUGUAACCGUACCAAAGCUUGAAGGAGAACUCAAAGGCCCGAAAGUGGACAUUGAUGCCCCGGAUAUGGACGUCCAUGGCCCAGACUGGCACUUGAAGAUGCCCAAGAUGAAAAUGCCCAAAUUCAGUGUGCCAGGGUUCAAAGCAGAGGGCCCAGAAGUGGAUGUGAACCUGCCCAAGGCUGAUGUGGACAUUUCCAGGCCCAAGGUAGAUGUUAGUGUUCCUGACGUGAGCAUUGAGGGACCAGAAGGGAAAUUGAAAGGGCCCAAGUUUAAGAUGCCUGAGAUGAACAUCAAAGUCCCUAAGAUCUCCAUGCCUGAUGUGGACUUACAUUUGAAAGGCCCUAAUGUAAAAGGCGAAUAUGAUGUCACAGUGCCGAAGGUUGAAGGUGACAUUAAAGUUCCUGAUGUUGAACUUAAAAGUGCCAAAGUGGACAUUGAUGCCCCAGAUGUGGAGGUUCAGGGCCCAGACUGGCACCUGAAGAUGCCCAAGGUGAAAAUGCCCAAGUUCAGCAUGCCUGGCUUCAAAGGAGAGGGCCCAGAAGUGGACGUGAACCUGCCCAAGGCUGAUGUUGACAUCUCAGGACCCAAGGUGAAUGUUGAAGUUCCAGAUGUGAAUAUUGAAGGACCUGAAGGAAAGCUGAAGGACCCCAAGUUCAAGAUGCCAGAGAUGAAUAUCAAGGCCCCCAAGAUCUCCAUGCCUGAUGUGGACUUGCAUGUGAAAGGGCCCAAGGUAAAGGGAGAAUAUGAUGUUACCGUGCCAAAGCUGGAAGGGGACCUGAGAGGCCCCAAAGUAGAUGUCAGUGCCCCAGAUGUUGAAAUGCAGGGUCCUGACUGGAACUUGAAGAUGCCAAAGAUUAAAAUGCCCAAAUUUAGCAUGCCCAGUCUCAAAGGAGAGGGGCCAGAAUUGGAUGUGAACCUGUCCAAAGCAAAUGUGGACAUUUCUGCACCAAAAGUAGAUAUUAGUGCUCCAGAUCUGAGUCUGGAAGGACCUGAAGGGAAGUUGAAAGGCCCCAAGUUUAAGAUGCCCGAGAUGCACUUCAAAGCUCCUAAGAUGUCUCUGCCAGAUGUUGACCUGGAUCUUAAAGGACCCAAAAUGAAAGGAAAUAUAGAUAUCUCUGCACCAAAGAUAGAGGGUGAGAUGCAGAUUCCAGAUGUGGACAUCAAAGGUCCCAAGUUAGAUAUUAAAGCACCAGAUGUGGAAGGCCAAGGCCCAGACUGGAGCCUCAAAAUACCCAAGAUGAAAAUGCCCAAGUUCAGCAUGCCCAGCCUCAAGGGUGAGGGCCCAGAAGUGGAUGUGAACUUGCCCAAGGCUGACAUUGUUGUCUCAGGACCCAAGGUGGCUGUGGAAGCCCCAGAUGUGAGCCUCGAAGGUCCAGAAGGGAAGCUGAAGGGCCCCAAGUUUAAGAUGCCUGAGAUGCACUUCAAGGCACCCAAGAUCUCCAUGCCUGAUGUGGACUUGAAUCUUAAGGGGCCCAAACUAAAGGGAGAUGUGGAUGUGUCGGUGCCCAAGGUAGAAGGUGAAAUGAAAGUGCCAGAUAUUGACAUCAAAGGACCCAAAGUGGACAUUGAUGCCCCAGAUGUGGAGGUUCAGGGCCCAGACUGGCACCUGAAGAUGCCCAAGAUGAAAAUGCCCAAGUUCAGCAUUCCUGGCUUCAAAGCAGAGGGCCCAGAAGUGGAUGUGAACCUGCCCAAGGCCGACAUUGACGUCUCAGGACCCAAGGUGGAUGUGGAAGUCCCAGACGUGAGCCUCGAAGGUCCAGAAGGGAAGCUGAAGGGUCCUAAGUUUAAGAUGCCUGAGAUGCACUUCAAGGCCCCCAAGAUCUCCAUGCCUGAUGUAGACUUGAAUCUUAAGGGGCCCAAACUAAAAGGGGAUGUGGAUGUGGAUGUGUCUGUGCCAAAAUUGGAGGGAGAGUUAACAGGCCCCAGUGUGGAUGUGGAGGUGCCUGAUGUUGAGCUGGAGUGUCCUGAUGCAAAGUUGAAAGGGCCCAAGUUUAAGAUGCCAGACAUGCACUUCAAGGCCCCCAAGAUCUCCAUGCCUGAUGUGAACUUAAACUUAAAAGGUCCCAAAGUCAAAGGGGAUGUGGAUGUGUCGGUGCCCAAGGUAGAAGGUGAAAUGAAAGUGCCAGAUGUUGACAUCAAAGGGCCCAAAGUGGACAUUGAUGCCCCAGAUGUGGAGGUUCAAGGUCCAGACUGGCACCUGAAGAUGCCCAAGAUGAAAAUGCCUAAGUUCAGCAUGCCUGGCUUCAAAGCAGAGGGCCCAGAUGUGGAUGUGAACCUGCCCAAGGCCGACCUUGACAUCUCAGGACCCAAGGUGGAUGUGGAAGUCCCAGACGUGAGCCUCGAAGGUCCAGAAGGGAAGCUGAAGGGUCCCAAGUUUAAGAUGCCUGAGAUGCACUUCAAGGCCCCCAAGAUCUCCAUGCCUGAUGUUGAUUUCAAUUUAAAGGGACCCAAAAUCAAAGGAGAUGUUGAUGUUUCUGCCCCAAAGCUGGAGGGAGAGUUAAAAGGUCCAGAAUUGGAUGUCAAAGGUCCCAAAUUAGAUGUUGACACACCAGAGGUAGCCGUGGAAGGCCUAGAUGGCAAAUGGAAAACUCCUAAGUUCAAGAUGCCAGACAUGCACUUUAAAGCUCCCAAAAUAUCUAUGCCAGACCUCGAUCUACACUUAAAGGGCCCCAAGACAAAAGGAGAGGUGAAUGUAGAUGUUCCCAAAUUGGAAGGGGAUCUUAAAGGGCCACAUGUGGAUGUCAGUGGGCCAGAUCUUGACAUUGAGGGACCAGAGGGCAAAUUGAAAGGUCCUAAGUUCAAGAUGCCUGAUAUGCAUUUCAAAGCCCCCAAUAUUUCUAUGCCUGAUGUUGACCUAAAUCUCAAAGGACCCAAAAUCAAAGGGGAUGUAGAUGUGUCUGUGCCUGAGGUAGAAGGUAAAAUUGAAGUACCAGAUGUGAACAUCAAGGGCGCCAAACUCGAUGUAAAUGCCCCCGAUGUCCAAGGCCCAGACUGGCACCUGAAGAUGCCUAAGAUGAAAAUGCCCAAGUUCAGCAUGCCUGGCUUCAAAGCAGAAGGCCCUGAAGUCGAUGUCAACUUGCCCAAGGCUGACAUUGAUGUCUCAGGACCCAAAGUGGACAUUGAAGGCCCUGAUGUUAAUAUUGAAGGACCAGAGGGAAAGUUGAAAGGACCCAAGUUCAAGAUGCCAGAGAUGAACAUCAAAGCCCCCAAGAUCUCCAUGCCUGACUUUGAUUUGCAUCUGAAAGGUCCCAAGGUGAAGGGUGAUGUGGACGUUUCUCUGCCCAAAGUGGAAGGUGACCUCAAGGGUCCAGAAGUUGACAUCAAGGGCCCCAAAGUGGAUAUUGAUGCCCCAGAUGUGGGUGUUCAAGGCCCAGACUGGCACCUGAAGAUGCCCAAGAUGAAAAUGCCUAAGUUCAGCAUGCCUGGCUUCAAAGGAGAGGGCCCAGAUGUGGAUGUGAAGCUGCCCAAGGCUGACAUUGACGUCUCAGGACCCAAGGUGGAUAUUGAUGUUCCAGAUGUGAAUAUCGAAGGUCCAGAGGGAAAGUUGAAAGGGCCUAAAUUCAAGAUGCCUGAGAUGAACAUCAAAGCCCCCAAGAUCUCCAUGCCUGACAUUGACUUAAACCUGAAAGGUCCCAAAGUAAAGGGUGAUAUGGAUGUUUCCCUUCCUAAAGUGGAAGGUGACCUCAAGGGCCCAGAAGUUGAUAUCAAGGGCCCAAAAGUGGACAUUGAUGCACCUGAUGUGGAUGUUCAUGGCCCAGACUGGCACCUGAAGAUGCCCAAGAUAAAAAUGCCCAAGAUCAGCAUGCCUGGCUUCAAAGGAGAAGGCCCAGAUGUGGAUGUGAACCUGCCCAAGGCUGACCUUAAUGUCUCGGGACCCAAGGUGGAUGUUGAAUGUCCCGAUGUGAAUAUCGAAGGACCUGAAGGAAAGUGGAAAAGUCCAAAGUUUAAGAUGCCUGAAAUGCAUUUUAAGACUCCAAAGAUAUCCAUGCCAGAUAUUGACCUGAAUCUCACAGGUCCAAAAAUAAAAGGAGAUGUGGAUGUUACAGGCCCUAAGGUAGAGGGAGAUCUGAAAGGUCCUGAAAUUGACCUCCAAGGCCCCAAAGUGGACAUUGAUGUCCCAGAUGUUAAUGUUCAGGGUCCAGACUGGCAUCUGAAGAUGCCCAAGAUGAAAAUGCCCAAGUUCAGCAUGCCAGGCUUCAAAACAGAAGGCCCUGAAGUGGAUGUGAACCUGCCUAAGGCUGACAUUGAUGUCUCAGGACCCAAAGUGGACAUUGAAGGCCCUGAUGUUAACAUUGAAGGACCAGAGGGAAAGUUGAAAGGGCCUAAGUUCAAGAUGCCUGAGAUGAACAUCAAAGCCCCCAAGAUCUCCAUGCCUGACUUUGAUUUGCAUCUGAAAGGUCCCAAAGUGAAGGGCGAUGUGGACGUUUCUCUGCCCAAAGUGGAAGGUGACCUCAAGGGCCCCAAAGUGGACAUUAAUGCCCCGGAUGUGGAUGUUCAAGGCCCAGACUGGCACUUGAAGAUGCCCAAGGUGAAAAUGCCCAAGUUCAGCAUGCCUGGCUUCAAAGGAGAGGGCCCAGAUGUGGAUGUGAACCUGCCCAAGGCUGACGUUGACAUCUCAGGACCGAAGGUGGACAUUGAUGUUCCAGAUGUGAAUAUUGAAGGUCCAGAUGCGAAACUGAAGGGCCCUAAAUUCAAGAUGCCUGAGAUGAACAUCAAAGCCCCCAAGAUCUCCAUGCCUGACUUUGAUCUUAACCUGAAAGGUCCCAAAGUGAAGGGUGAUGUGGACAUGUCUCUGCCAAAAGUGGAAGGUGACGUGAAAGUUCCUGAUGUGGAUAUUAGAGGCCCCAAAGUGGAUAUUAAUGCCCCAGAUAUGGAUGUUCAAGGUCCAGACUGGCACCUGAAGAUGCCUAAGAUAAAAAUGCCCAAGAUCAGCAUGCCUGGCUUCAAAGGAGAAGGUCCAGAAGUGGAUGUGAAUCUGCCCAAGGCUGACCUUGAUGUCUCGGUACCCAAAGUGGAUGUUGAUGUUCCAGAUGUGAAUAUCGAAGGUCCAGAUGCGAAACUGAAGGGCCCUAAAUUCAAGAUGCCUGAGAUGAACAUCAAAGCCCCCAAGAUCUCCAUGCCUGACUUUGAUUUGCAUUUGAAAGGCCCUAAGGUGAAAGGAGAUGUGGAUGUUUCUCUGCCGAAGAUGGAAGGUGAUCUAAAGGCCCCUGAAGUUGACAUCAAAGGCCCCAAAGUGGAUAUUGAUGCUCCAGAUGUGGAUGUUCAUGGCCCAGACUGGCACCUGAAAAUGCCCAAGGUGAAAAUGCCCAAAUUCAGCAUGCCAGGAUUUAAAGGAGAGGGCCCAGAAGUGGAUGUUAAUUUGCCCAAAGCUGACAUUGAUGUCUCAGGACCCAAAGUGGACAUUGACACUCCUGACAUUGACACUCAUGGUCCAGAAGGGAAGCUGAAGGGCCCCAAAUUUAAAAUGCCUGACCUGCACCUCAAGGCACCAAAGAUCUCUAUGCCUGAAAUUGACCUGAAUCUGAAAGGUCCAAAGGUGAAGGGCGAUGUGGACGUUUCUCUGCCCAAAGUGGAAGGCGACCUCAAGGGCCCAGAAGUUGACAUCAAAGGCCCCAAAGUGGACAUUGAUGUCCCAGAUGUGGACGUUCAAGGCCCAGACUGGCACCUGAAGAUGCCCAAGGUGAAAAUGCCCAAGUUCAGCAUGCCUGGCUUCAAAGGAGAGGGCCCAGAUGUGGAUGUGAACCUGCCCAAGGCUGACCUUGAUGUCUCAGGACCCAAGGUGGACAUUGAUGUUCCAGAUGUGAAUAUCGAAGGUCCAGAUGCAAAAAUGAAGGGCCCCAAAUUUAAGAUGCCUGAGAUGAACAUCAAAGCCCCCAAGAUCUCCAUGCCUGACUUUGAUUUGCACCUGAAAGGACCCAAAGUGAAGGGCGAUGUGGAUGUCUCCCUUCCUAAAGUGGAAGGUGACCUCAAGGGCCCAGAAGUUGACAUCAAGGGCCCCAAAAUGGACAUCGAUGCCCCUGAUGUGGAUGUUCAUGGCCCAGACUGGCACCUGAAGAUGCCCAAGGUAAAAAUGCCCAAGUUCAGCAUGCCUGGCUUCAAAGGAGAGGGCCCAGAUGUGGAUGUUACCCUUCCUAAAGCUGACAUUGACGUCUCAGGACCCAAGGUGGACAUUGAUGCCCCUGAUGUCAGUAUUGAAGGUCCAGAUGCAAAAUUGAAGGGCCCAAAGUUCAAGAUGCCAGAUAUGAACAUCAAGGCCCCCAAAAUCUCCAUGCCUGACAUUGACUUUAACUUGAAGGGUCCCAAAAUGAAGGGUGAUGUGGACGUCUCUCUACCCAAAGUGGAAGGUGAUCUCAAGGGCCCUGAAAUUGAUGUCAAAGGCCCCCCUUUGGACAUUGACACUCCUGAUGUCAAUAUUGAAGGUCCAGAAGGAAAAUUGAAGGGGCCCAAAUUUAAGAUGCCAGAGAUGAACAUCAAAGCCCCCAAGAUCUCCAUGCCUGACUUUGAUUUGCAUCUGAAAGGUCCCAAAGUAAAGGGUGAUGCAAAUGUUUCACUCCCUAAGGUGGAAGGUGAUCUGAAAGGGCCAGAGGUAGACAUUGAAGGUCCUGAAGGGAAACUCAAAGGUCCCAAGUUUAAGAUGCCUGAUGUUCAUUUCAAAACCCCGCAAAUCUCCAUGAGUGACAUUGAUUUGAACUUGAAAGGACCUAAGAUAAAAGGAGACAUGGACAUUUCCGUUCCUAAACUGGAAGGAGAUCUGAAAGGUCCCAAAGUGGAUGUCAAAGGCCCUAACUUGGACAUUGACACCCCUGACAUUGACAUUCAUGGUCCAGAAGGGAAGCCGAAGGGCCCCAAAUUUAAAAUGCCUGACCUGCACCUCAAGGCACCAAAGAUCUCUAUGCCUGAAGUUGACCUGAAUCUGAAAGGUCCAAAGGUGAAGGGCGAUGUGGAUGUUUCUCUGCCCAAAGUGGAAGGCGACCUCAAGGGCCCCAAAGUGGACAUCAACGCCCCUGAUGUGGAUGUUCAUGGCCCAGACUGGCACCUGAAGAUGCCCAAGGUGAAAAUGCCCAAGAUCAGCAUGCCUGGCUUCAAAGGAGAGGGCCCAGAUGUGGAUGUGAACCUGCCCAAGGCUGACAUUGAUGUCUCAGGACCCAAGGUGGACGUUGAUAUUCCAGAUGUGAAUAUUGAAGGUCCAGAUGCAAAGCUGAAGGGCCCCAAGUUCAAGAUGCCUGAAAUAAAUAUCAAAGCUCCCAAGAUCUCCAUGCCUGAUGUUGACCUGGAUUUGAAAGGACCCAAAGUAAAAGGAGAUUUUGAUGUGUCUGUCCCUAAGGUUGAAGGGACUUUGAAAGGCCCAGACAUAGAUCUUAAAGGUCCCAGUCUGGAUUUUGAAGGCCCCGAUGCCAAACUCAGUGGCCCAUCUUUAAAGAUGCCAUCACUGGAGAUAUCUGCUCCUAAAGUAUCUGCACCUGAUGUUGAUUUGCAUCUCAAGGCACCAAAAAUUGGAUUUUCCAGUCCGAAGUUAGAAGGUGGUGCAGUGGACCUCAAGGGACCCAAGGUUGAAGCUCCAAGCUUAGAUGUUCACAUGGACAGCCCGGAUAUUAACAUAGAAGGGCCAGAUGUUAAAAUUCCCAAAUUUAAGAAACCCAAGUUUGGAUUUGGAGCAAAAAGCCCCAAAGCUGACAUCAAGUCACCUUCUCUAGAUGUCACCAUUCCUGAGGCAGAGCUGAACCUUGAGACUCCUGAAAUCAGUGUUGGUGGCAAGGGCAAGAAAAGCAAGUUCAAGAUGCCUAAAAUUCAUAUGAGUGGUCCUAAAAUUAAGGCCAAAAAACAGGGAUUUGAUGUGAAUGUUCCUGCGGGUGAAAUUGAUGCCAGUCUCAAGGCUCCUGACGUAGAUGUCAAUAUCUCAGGGCCGGAUGCAGCUCUCAAAGUCGACGUGAAAUCACCCAAAACCAAGAAACCAAUGUUUGGAAAAAUGUACUUCCCAGAUGUAGAGUUUGACAUUAAAUCACCUAAAUUUAAAGCUGAGGCCUCUCUCCCUAGCCCCAAAUUGGAGGGUGAACUCCAGGCACCUGAUCUGGAACUUUCUUCACCAGGGAUUCACUUUGAAGGUCCUGACAUCAAGGCGAAGGCUCCCAAGGUCAAGAUGCCAGGUGUGGACAUCUCAGUGCCAAAAAUAGAAGGUGACCUGAAAGGCCCCAAAGUGCAGGCAAACUUGGAUGCGCCUGACAUCAACAUCGAAGGCCCAGAUGCUAAAGUCAAAACACCGUCCUUUGGCAUUUCUGCCCCUCAAGUCUCCAUCCCUGAUGUGAAUGUGAACUUGAAAGGACCAAAGAUAAAGGGUGAUGUCCCCAGUGUGGGACUGGAAGGACCAGACAUAGAUCUGCAAGGUCCAGAAGCAAAAAUUAAGUUCCCCAAGUUUUCCAUGCCCAAGAUCGGCAUCCCUGGUAUGCAAAUGGAGGGUGGGGGAGCCGAGGUCCAUGGCCAGCUACCCUCUCUCGAAGGAGACUUGAGAGGACCAGAUGUGAAGCUUGAAGGGCCUGAUGUUUCUCUAAAGGGGCCAGGAGUAGACUUGCCUUCAGUGAAGCUCUCUAUGCCAAAAGUCUCUGGGCCUGACCUUGACCUGAACUUGAAAGGACCAAGUUUGAAGGGAGACCUGGAUGCCUCUGUUCCCAGCGUGAAGGUGCAGGCUCCGGGGCUCGACCUCAGCGGUGUCAGUGGCAAAGUGCAGGUGGGAGGAGACGGAGUGAAAGUGCCAGGGAUCAAUGCCACAACAACGCUUAACGUGGGGGCACCAGAUGUGACACUGAGGGGACCAAGCCUGCAGGGAGACCUGGCUGUCUCUGGUGACAUCAAAUGCCCUAAAGUAUCCGUAGGCACUCCUGAUCUAAGCUUGGAGGCCUCCGAAGGCGGCAUUAAACUUCCCAAAAUGAAGUUGCCCCAAUUUGGCAUCUCUACUCCAGGGUCCGACUUGCAUAUCAAGGGGCCACAGGUUUCUGGAGAACUGAAGGGGCCUCAGAUUUCAGCACCGAAUGUGGACUUGAACUUGGAAGGACCAAAAAUGAAAGGGAGCCUUGGGGCCACUGGCGAGAUGAAAGGCCCCACUGUGGGAGGAGGCCUUCCAGGCCUAGAAGGAAACCUCCAGAUGCCUGGAAUUAAGUCCUCUGGAUGUGACGUGACCCUGCCGGGUGUGAAUGUGAAACUCCCAACUGGGAAGAUUUCUGGUCCUGAAAUCAAAGGUGAUCUGAAAGGUUCAGAAGUAGGUUUCCAUGGGGCUGCUCCUGAUAUCAGUGUGAGGGGGCCUUCCUUUAAUAUGGCAUCUCCUGAGUCAGAUUUUGGCAUCAGCUUGAAGGGUCCAAAGAUCAAAGGAGGUGUGGAUGUUUCCGGGGGUGCCAGUGCCCCCGACAUCAGUCUUGGUGAAGGGCAUGUGAGUGUUAAAGGCUCCGGGGGUGAGUGGAAGGGACCCCAGGUCUCCUCUGCUCUCAACUUGGACACAUCUAAGUUUGCUGGGAGCCUUCAUUUCUCAGGACCAAAGGUGGAAGGAGGUGUGAAAGGAGGUCAGAUUGGACUCCAGGCUCCUGGGCUGAGUGUGUCUGGGCCUCAAGGUCACUUGGAAAGUGGAUCUGGAAAAGUAACAUUCCCUAAGAUGAGGAUGCCCAAAUUUACCUUCUCUGGCCGUGAGCUGGUUGGCAGAGAAGUGGGAGUGGAUAUUCACUUCCCUAAAACAGAGGCCAGUGUCCAACCUGGUGCCGGACAAGGCGAGUGGGAAGAGUCCGAAGUGAAACUUAAAAAGUCCAAGAUCAAAAUGCCCAAGUUUAAUUUUUCCAAACCUAAAGGGAAAGGUGGUGUCACUGGCUCACCGGAAGCAUCCAUCUCUGGGUCCAAAGGUGACCUGAAAAGUUCAAAGGCCAGCCUGGGCUCUCUGGAAGGAGAAGCAGAGGCCGAAGCCUCUUCACCGAAAGGCAAAUUCUCCUUAUUUAAAAGUAAGAAGCCACGGCACCGCUCGAAUUCAUUCAGUGAUGAAAGAGAGUUCUCUGCGCCUUCCACCCCGACGGGGACUCUGGAGUUUGAAGGUGGGGAAGUGUCGCUGGAAGGCGGGAAAGUGAAAGGGAAACAGGGGAAGCUGAAAUUCGGUACCUUUGGUGGAUUGGGGUCAAAGAGCAAAGGUCAUUAUGAGGUGACUGGGAGUGAUGAUGAGACAGGCAAGUUACAGGGGAGUGGGGUGUCCCUGGCCUCUAAGAAGUCCCGACUGUCCUCCUCUUCCAGCAACGACAGUGGGCCUAAGGUUGGCAUCCAGCUUCCCGAGGUGGAGCUGUCAGUUUCCACAAAGAAAGAGUAGCAGGCCUGUGUAUGUGUGUACAUAUAUAUAUAUAUAUAACAAAACAUCAAACUCGGGUGUGUUCCUAUAUCAACUCCAAAGAGAAACACACUGACAGCCUCAGCAAUCAUGCAAAGAUCUUGCCUGACGCAGUGGCAAGCGCUGAAAAACCGACUGCCUGUCAGCUCCUGGAUCUAUACAGACAGGUCAGGAGUUCCAAGUUCGUCCAGCCUGUGUGCAAAGUCAACAGUAUUUGCCUUAAGAUUUCAUUUCUUUUUAUUUUUUUUUGCAUUGACUGCUGAGAGCUCCUGUUUACUAAGCAAGCUUUUGUGUUUAUUAUCCUCAUUUUUACUGAACAUUGUUAGUUUCCGGGUAAUGGAAACCCACUUUUUCAUUAUAAUGACUUUGGGGGCUUUUGUUAGUAAGGGAGGGUGGGGGUGAUGGGUUGCAGACGGAGGUCAGGUCUCCCUCUUUCCUGAGAUUGGAUCUGUUCCAACAGCAAACACCCACAGAUGGCUCAGAGGUGGCGGCAGUCAGGGUGUGGGUGUUUUUAGGGUUUUUUUUUUUUUUUUUUUU